AUGGCCUACGCGGGAUACGGUGCAGCUCCGGGAGGCAUGCCGCCACAGCAGCAGGAUCCUCUCUAUGGCUACUUUGCAGCAGUUGCCGGGCAAGAUGGGCAAAUCUCUGCAGACGAGCUACAACGAUGCCUCACUCAGUCUGGCAUCUCUGGCACUUACCAACCCUUCAACAUGGACACCUGCAGACUGAUGAUCAACAUGCUGGACCGAGACAUGUCUGGCACCAUGGGCUUCACCGAGUUUAAAGACCUGUGGCAAGCCUUGAAUGCCUGGAAGAACCUUUUCAUGUCCUUUGACCGCGAUCGGAGUGGGACGGUUGAAGGUCAGGAGAUGCAACAGGCUAUCAGAUCUCUGGGUUACAACCUGAGUCCUAACGGGAUGAACAUGGUCAUGAAGCGCUACGGCGUCAACGGAAGAAUCCCUUUCGAUGAUUUUGUGUGCUGUUGCGUUCGACUUCGCGCCUUAACCGAUCAAUUCCGACGCCGUGACACGUCACAAAAUGGCAGCGCCACCUUCCAGUAUGACGACUUCAUCCAAGUGACCAUGAGCAUGUGA